AUGGCCGGACGCAAGGACAGCAACACUCUCGAGCGAGUCACCAGUCUCACCAGCCGCGUCUUUCACAAUUCUCUACCCAACCCGUCACCUAUAGCGCAAGCAUCUUUAGCCCGAGACAUCGAAGAAGAUACCGACGACGAGGAAGCCGCAGAAUCAGACUCCGACUCUGAAGGCUCAACGCUGCGACCGUCCACAUCGGUCCCAAAUGCCUAUUCUUUCGCUGGGUCCUAUCGUCGACCCAGCAUCGCCGGAGCUGGAAAUCGAGCCACCAUCCUUCCACGGCGAAUUACCGAACACGAAAGAUUGUCCAGAGAAGAAAGAGAACGAGCACUAGAAGAGGAAAGAAGUUUGCUGCGAGACAACAACAUCAUUCCGCCCAAACACCCUCAAACCGAUGAAGGCGGCCGGAAGAAGAGUAUUUUCGGCAGCUACCUUGGAAUCCCAGGCGGCAACCGCAAGGUCUCCCAGGAUGAGGAGUCCACACCAGCCCUAGAUGGCGGACUGGGCGUCGCAUCCGAAGCCUCUCCUCUGCUUGGCGAUCCAACACUCCCUUAUGGCGGCCAAGCCGACGCGAAGAACAUUGAGGCAAAAUGGGAAGAAGCAGUCGCUGCUGGCAUGAUUCACACCACUUGGCAACGCGAAGCCAAGGUCAUUGCCCGAUACUCUGCACCACUGAUGGUGACAUUCCUUCUCCAGUACUCUUUGACAGUGGCCAGCAUAUUCACAGUCGGACAUAUUGGCACUGUCGAACUCGGAGCCGUCAGUCUCGCCUCCAUGUCUGCGAACAUCACAGGCUAUGCCAUCUAUCAAGGCCUGGCAACCUCGCUUGACACACUAUGCGCCCAGGCUUAUGGCUCCGGACGCAAGAAGCUCGUCGGUCUACAAAUGCAACGCAUGAUCUUCUUCCUAUGGGCCAUCACAAUUCCAAUCGCCGUCGUCUGGCUAUUUGCCGAGAGCAUCCUGCUCAGAAUUGUCCCCGAACCCGAGGUUGCCAGACUUGCCGGUCUAUAUCUCAAGAUUGUUCUAAUUGGUGCACCGGGUUAUGCGGCUUUCGAAGCCGGCAAGCGAUACGCACAAGCGCAAGGUCUCUUCUCCGCUGCGCUUUACGUACUUCUCUUCUGCGCCCCCUUGAAUGCCUUGAUGAAUUGGCUGUUUGUGUGGAGAUUCGGAAUGGGAUUUGCUGGUGCGCCUCUCGCUGUCGCCAUCACGGACAACCUCCUUCCGCUCGGUCUGUUCAUCUACGUACGUUUCGUCUCCAAGUCUGGCAUGUCGUGCUGGAACGGCUUCACCAAGAAAGCUUUGCAAAAUUGGGUCCCCAUGAUCAAGCUUGCGUUACCUGGUGUGCUCAUGAUCGAGGCUGAAGUUCUGGCUUUUGAAGUCCUAACAUUUGCCGCCUCUUAUUUUGGAACGACGGUGCUGGCGGCACAAUCUGUGGUUGCCACACUCACGUCCAUCACAUUCCAAAUUCCAUUCCCUCUGUCCAUUGCAGGCUCAACCCGUGUGGCCAAUCUCAUCGGCGCCACUCUCGCCGAUGCCGCCAAGGUCAGCACAAAGGUUACCUUCUCCGCCGCUGUGGUCGUUGGUGUUUUCAACGUGACCCUCCUGUCCGCGUUGAGGUCUUAUAUACCUCGGCUUUUCACCUCGGACCCAGAGGUCAUCCGCAUUGUGGCCGAGAUUUUACCUCUGUGCGCUGCAUUCCAGCUCUUCGACGCACUGGCUGCAGCGUGCAAUGGUAUUCUUCGUGGUUUGGGACGGCAAGAGUUCGGUGGCUAUGUUCAACUCUUUUGCUACUACGUCUUCGCUUUGCCGCUUAGUUUUGGUCUCGCCUUCGGCAAGGACUGGGGUCUUUGGGGUCUCUGGACAGGUGUGGCCCUGGCGUUGGGUCUUGUUGCACUGAUCGAGUUUACAUAUCUCAUGCGGACUGACUGGCAGCGUAGCGUGGAGGAGGCGAGACAGAGAAAUCAAGAGGGCGGUGCCAACAUGUGA